AUGCCGAGCUUUUUCCAAACUUAUGGCGGUGCCUUAUACCGGAUGUAUUGCCAGUUGGAAGAGAGAUCAAUCGCCCCGGAAAGUACCGAUCCUCUGACAAGAUUAUCCGCCAAAGAAGCAGCCAAGAAAAUUAGAGAGGGAAAACUCUCGUCUUACGAGUUGGUAAAGGCGUAUCUUGAUCGAAUUAGAUUUGUCAACACUUAUGUCAAUGCCGUUACCGAGAGCUUUGAUGUGGAAGCUUUAGAAGAGGCCAAGAAAGUCGACGAGUACAUCAAAAGUUUGGACAAAGGCUCUGAGGAGUAUAAAAAUGUAAGCAAAUUUGCAGUCUAUCCUAUAGUUAGAGAGCCUGAUGUGUUCCAAUUUAUGAACUAAACUUCUAUAAAUAAUAUUUUUUUUCACUUUCAGCUUGCACAUACCAAGCCUCUUCUUGGAGUCCCGGUCUCAAUAAAACAUUCAUUUGAUGUCAAAGGCUACCGAAAUAUUGCUGGUCUAGCUCAUCGACGAGACAUUCCCAUAGCCACCGAAGAUGCCGACGCCGUCAAAUUGUAAGCAACCCAUGUUUCUAUAUCCUCCAAUCUUUCCAGAAUCCGUGCAGCUGGCGGAAUCCCUCAUUGUUACAGUAACGUCCCACCCGGCUGUAUGUGGGUGGAGACGAAUAAUAAAGUCCAUGGCACAACCUCCUCUCCGUAUGAUACCAGAACAACCUGUGGCGGCUCUUCUGGCGGCGAGGGAUCGGUUAUAUCGGCCGAGGGAUCGGUUGUUGGGCUUGGCUCGGACUUAGGAGGAUCGGUGAGAAUCCCCGCGAUCCUGAAUGGAGUUUUCGGAUUGAAAUCGGUCGAUGAAAUUCCAUUGAAAGGGCAUUAUCCAACGCAAGGAUGCGAGGAUGAGGGGUUUAGACAACUGGCACAGGCCGGACCUCUUGUUAGAUACGCUGAGGACAUGGCGGCUAUGUUUAGUGUAAGUUGAUGUGAUAUCAAAGUCCUACCAAAUUUAUCGUCAAAUUUCAGGUCCUCUCUUCUUAUCCAAUUCCAUCGAACUUUGUCGAUUUAAGGCCAACCAAGGUCCUUCAAACUAUGCCAACUUCUUCUAUUACAACUCCAAGAGUUCCAGUUGUACAAGAAGCUGUUCCCAAAGUGGCAAAAGCGAUCUCCAGUCAAUUCGGCGUUCCGUUGGAAGAGUUUGAUCUCCCACCACUAAAACAAAUCAUGAGCUGGUACUUCAAUGAGAUCGCGAAGCCGGAUAUGGCAUCGCCAGGAGAAUGCUUGUUGCCGGUGAGUCCACUAUCUAUGACAUAUACAUAAUAUUAGUUAGACGUAUAAUUUUCAAUAUUCUUCUUGAGAUUUCAUCUAUGAGUCUUGCUUUUGAAAACGGUUUUUAUACUACCAUGAAGCCUUUUUCAGCAUGCCAACCAAUCCAACCUUGUCAUCGAGAAGAUCAAGGCAUUCAUUGGCGUCUCUAAGAUCACCCCCGGCCCCACUUCCAUUAUUGAUCCCUUCGGCACUCCUCUCCCCAAAGAGCAAGCCCUCAAACUUCGCCAAGAGCUCCACGAAUACAGAGCAAAACUCCAUGAGAUUCUCAAGGAUGACGUUGUAAUGGUGGCACCAACUCUUGCUCGCAAUUACUACUUCCAUCACGAGCUAGUAAUCGCUCAAGUUGAUUGGUUCCAAACAGCCAUUUUUAAUGUUUUGGCCGUCCCAGUGGCCACGGUGCCAAUUGGGUUGGAUUCCGAAGGAUAUCCGAUAUCUGUUCAGUUGGUAGCGGCGAGGAAAAACGAGUUCUUGUUGAUUAGACUGCAGGAGCAUAUGGAGAAGAAGUUUGGAGGAUGGAGACCUCCGAAGAAUUAG